AUGCAUGCUGUCGCCGUCCCCUCUGCCUCCACAGAGGUUGGGCAACCCUGUGGCUCUGACCAGCUGUGGACUCCCCCUUGGGGUCAGGACCGCCCGGAGUUGCAUCCCAUCACCGGCGCAUGGAGCAAGAGGUUUUGCAACAGUUCCUGCCCUGGAGAACCGAAGAGAACUUCUCCUUACCCUGACUGCCAGCACACCCUGAGUCACAGCGGAGGUGUCGGUGGCACUCCAAUAACGAGAGCAGCCGGAGUGGCAACCACAGCUCCACCUAUCCUAAAAAUGACUCCUAUCGAAGAGAUGAUCUGGGAAUUAAUUAUUCAAAUUAUCAAAAGCAUAUCGAACUCUCAGGGGCUCCACCCCAGCAUUGAGCAAUCUAAUCCACAUCACUUCCUUCAGUGUGUGCUCAGCACCACCGCCCUUGCAGUCAGGCACUGUCCUCCUGGAGGUGGCCUAUAUGUGAAGAGCCCAGAGUCCCGGCCAAGAUUUAAGUUUACCUCCAAUAUGGGAGAAUUCAACUUCAACGAUGUGAACUUGUAUGAUUACGGUAAUUACAGUUACAACACUGACCUGCCCAUGAUUCUACCGGACUCUGCCCCAUGCCGGCCAGAAACUCUGGAAGUGAACGUGUACGCCGUGGUCGUCAUCUACACCCUGGUCUUCCUGCUGAGCCUGCUGGGUAACUCGCUGGUGAUGCUGGUGGUCUUAUACAGCCGGGUCAGCCGCUCUGUCACCGAUGUCUAUCUGCUGAACCUGGCCAUAGCCGACCUGCUCUUUGCCCUGACCUUGCCCAUCUGGGCAGCCUCCAAGGCAAAGGGCUGGAUCUUUGGCACAACCCUGUGCAAGGUCGUCUCGCUCCUGAAGGAAGUCAACUUCUACAGCGGUAUUCUACUGCUGGCCUGCAUCAGCGUGGACCGCUACCUGGCCAUCGUCCACGCCACACGCACGCUGACCCAGAAGCGGAACUGGGUCAAGUUCAUAUGCUUAGGCAUCUGGGCCCUGUCCUUCAUUCUGUCUUUGCCCAUCCUCCUCUUCCGCAAGGCCGUCUACCCACCCUAUUCCAGCCCAGUCUGCUACGAGGACUUGGGUGCCAACACAACCAAAUGGCGGAUGGUGAUGCGGGUCCUGCCCCAGACCUUCGGCUUCCUCCUGCCGCUGCUGGUCAUGCUGUUCUGCUAUGGACUCACCCUGCGCACGCUGUUUCAGGCCCACAUGGGGCAGAAGCACCGGGCCAUGCGGGUCAUCUUUGCUGUCGUGCUCGUCUUCCUGCUCUGCUGGCUGCCCUACAACCUGGUCCUGGUCUCAGACACCCUCAUGAGGCUCCGGGUCAUCAAGGAGACCUGUGAACGUCGCAACGACAUUGGCCGGGCCCUGGAUGCCACCGAGAUUCUGGGCUUCCUCCACAGCUGCCUCAACCCCCUCAUCUACGCUUUCAUCGGCCAGAAGUUUCGCCACGGACUCCUCAAGAUCUUGGCCAUCCACGGCCUUAUCCGCAAGGAGUUCUUGCCCAAGGAUAGCAGGCCUUCCUUUGUUGGUUCCUCUUCGGGGAACACUUCCACCACCCUCUGAGACGCCCACCCCUGUUGCAGCCCCUCAGGGCUCCUCCCUUCCCUUCAGCAUCCCAUCCCAAGCCUCACGUCCACUGGCUGUCCUCGGUCUCUGGGUCAAGGCGGCCCCCGUUGUGGU